AUGGUGUUGGUCCUUUUUGAGACGGCCGUAGGCUUCUGCCUGUUCUCACUCUCGGAUGAGGCAAAGGUCAAUUCUCCGAAUCUGUAUAAGCACUUUGAAAAUGAAACAGAGGCAAAUCGUCUCCUGCAGCUGUCGGCCAUCCAUCGAUUCCAGAGCACGGUCGAGGCUGUUGAGGGAGUGACUGCAACCAAUGAGGGGAAACUUAGCAAGGGUUUGAAGCAAUUCUUGACGUCAGAGAUCCUAGAGAAAGGCGGAUCCACAGGCGCAAAGGGUGCCUCGGCAGAGAAGUUGAUUGUAUCCGAGCCUAAGCUCGCUUCUGCUAUUAACAAGAAGCUGGGCAUCCAGGUCACAUCCGAGUCGAGUCUUAUGGACCUUUACCGCGGCAUCCGCGAGAACCUGGCGUCACUACUCUCGUCAGGCUCGCCUGAGGCUGGCGCUUUGGAUCCUCGAGACCUCAACACCAUGAGCCUUGGUUUGUCGCACAGCUUGAGUCGGUAUAAGCUCAAGUUCAGUCCUGAUAAAGUUGAUACCAUGGUUGUACAGGCUAUUGCAUUGCUUGAUGAUCUCGAUAAGGAGCUGAAUAUUUAUGCCAUGCGUGUCAAGGAAUGGUAUGGGUGGCACUUUCCAGAAAUGGGUAAGAUCAUCACCGACAACAUUGCUUAUGCCAAGGUUGUUCGCGCAGUGGGAUUCCGAACGAAUGCAUCGUCUUGCGAUCUGUCGGAGAUCUUGCCGGAGGAAGUUGAGCAGACACUGAAAGCAGCAGCUGAAAUCUCCAUGGGUACGGAAGUAAGUGACUCGGAUAUGGAGCACAUUUGGAGCUUGUGUGAACAGGUGGUCUCUAUCAGUGAAUACCGCGCGCAAUUGUACUCGUAUCUUUGUAACCGCAUGGCGGCCAUUGCACCUAAUUUGACGGCGCUCGUCGGCGAGCUCGUCGGUGCACGACUGAUCUCGCAUGCAGGCUCUAUUAUGAACUUGGCCAAGCAACCUGCCAGCACGAUCCAGAUUCUUGGCGCUGAGAAAGCACUUUUCCGUGCUUUGAAAACGAAACACGAUACGCCCAAAUACGGCCUGCUGUACCACUCUAGUCUCGUUGGUAUGGCGCCCCCGAAGAUGAAAGGCAAGAUGGCCCGCAUGGUAGCAACCAAGGCGGCACUUUCUACACGUCUUGAUGCUUUGGCCGAUGCCGACUCGAAGUCUGAUCUUUCAGCGCCCACCAUUGGUUCUGAAUCGCGUGCGAAGCUUGAGGCCCGUGCUCGUGGGCUGGAUUACGUCCAAACCAUGGCAGGGAUUCGGGCGAAUCGGGGCGCUGAUGCUGGUUCCAAGCAAAAGAGCUUCUCGAUGGAGGCUGGUGGUCGUGGCUACAAUGUUGGUGCCGAUGCACCGCCUGUUGUGACUGGCGUGGCGGACGAUGACGACGAUGAGGAAGAGAAAGAGGAGGAAGAGCAAGGUGAAGAAGAUGACGAACCGAAGGAAAAGAGCAAGAAGGACAAGAAGGACAAGAAAGAGAAGAAGAAGGAGAAGGAGGAGAAGAAGGAGAAGAAGGAAAAGAAGGCCAAGAAAGAGGAGAAGAAGUCGAAGCGGCCUGCAUCAGAUGCCGACGACAGCACAGAAGCCAGGAAGAAGAAGAAAAAGUCGAGUGAGUAA